AUGGCAUAUGAAAGAAGCCAUAUAAAGGUGGAGCUACAUAUUGAUAACAAGGGAAUUUUUUAUACAAUCAACAAAAAUGCAUCUAAAAUGAACACAGGAAAAAUCUCGCUUCAACAGAUAAGAAACAUUCUGGACCGUGAUUGGGAGGUGACUUCAUCUCCAAGAAUUCACAAAACUCUUGCGGCAAUUUUCUUCAUUAUUUUCUUUUCCCAUAAUCCAGUGGAGGGUCGAGGAAAAGCACCACAAGUGGUAAACAGAAACUCGUUUCCACAAGAUUUUUUGUUUGGUGUUGGAACAUCUGCUCUACAGAUAGAAGGAUCAGCUCAUGAAGGAGGGAGAGGACCAAGUGUUUGGGAUUCAAUAUUUAUGAGUGAAAAAGCAACAACGAUUAAGGAUAUUGAUAAGUGCGGUACAAUGAUAGACCAUUAUAAGCGAUAUAGCGAGGAUGUGAAACUUUUAAAGAAACUUGGUAUAAACUCUUACCGAUUUUCCAUUGCAUGGAGUAGAAUAUUUCCCGAUGGAACCUUAGAAGGAGGUAUAAAUCAAGAAGGCAUAGACUUCUAUAACAAGUUGAUCGAUGAAUUACUUGCUAAUGGCAUCACACCUUUUGUUACAAUUUUGCACUUUGAUUAUCCACUAAGUCUUUUUACUAAAGGAGGCUUCUUGAAUCCAUCUAUCAUAAAACAUUUCAAGGAUUAUAGUGAUGUUUUAUUCAAGGCUUAUGGAGAUCGUGUAAAACAUUGGACUACAUUCAACGAGUUAGAAAUCACGGCGAUAUUUAAUUAUAUGCAUGGUUUUGAUAUUCCUAUUCCAGAAAAUUGCCAAAUUACUAAAGAAUGCAGAGAUGUUUAUACUUUGAUGCAUAUAUGCCUCCUUUCCCAUGGUGAAUCUGUUAAGUUAUACAGAGAAAAAUAUCAGGCAAAACAAGGUGGAGAAAUUGGAAUUGUUUUAUCCAUUGAAGAUUAUAUUCCAUUCAGUAGAAAACCAGAGGAUGUAGCUGCAACUGUAAGGCUUAGGGAUUUUUCUACAGGAUGGAUUUUGGAUCCAUUAUUUAAUGGUGAUUAUCCUACAAGCAUGAAGGAGCUAGUGAGAGAUAGGCUUCCAAAAUUCACUGAAGAGGAAAAGAGAUUAAUCAAAGGAAGUUUAGAUUUUAUUGGAAUAAAUUAUUAUAGAUCUUUUUUUGGUAAAGAUGAACCAAACAAAUUUCUUAUUAAGGGUUUGGACAAUUACGAUUCUUUGGCAAUAAAACAAGUAUUUAAUGACGAGGGAAUAAUAUUGGGUAUACGGGAUAAUGCAACAAUGAGCUUUGUAAAUCCACAAGGAUUAUACAAUGUCUUAGUAUUCUUGAAGAAAACAUAUAAUAAUCCUAAGAUCUACAUUACUGAAAAUGGUAUUGCUUCAGGAACAAUUUCACAACCAUUGAAAGACAAACAUCGCAUGGAUUAUAUUGCAACACAUAUAAAUUAUGUGAAACGAGCACUUGAUGCUGGAGUAAAUGUUAAAGGAUUCUUUGUGUGGUCUGCAUUUGAUACUUUUGAAUUUCAUCAAGGUUUUUCUGACAAAUGGGGGCUCAUAUAUAUUGAUUUUGCUGAUAAUCUCAAACGUGUGCCAAAACAAUCUGCUAGAUGGUACAGAUGGUUUCUCACAGGAAAUAGAAACUUUGUUUAG